GAGAUGGAAAGAGUCAAUUACACUCUGCUAACUGAGUUCAUCCUGACAGGAAUUCCCUGCCCACCCAGGCUAAGGACAUUCCUUUUCACAUUCUUCUUGCUGAUCUACACCCUGACCCAGCUGGGGAACCUGUUAAUUCUGAUCACCGUCUGGGCAGACCCGCAACUCCACGCCCGCCCCAUGUACAUCUUUCUUGGUGUUCUCUCCCUCAUCGACAUGGGCAUCUCCUCCAUCAUCGUGCCUCGCUUCAUGAUGAACUUCAUCUUGAGUCUCAAUUCCAUCUCAUUUGGCGGCUGUGUGGCCCAGCUCUAUUUCUAUCACUUCCUGGGCAGCACCCAGUGCUUCCUCUACACUCUGAUGGCCUAUGACAGGUACCUGGCAAUCUGCCGGCCCCUACACUACCCGGUGCUCAUGACUGCUAAGCUGAGCACCUCACUCGUGGCCGGGGCGUGGGUGGCUGGCUCCUUCCAUGGAGCUCUUCAAGCCCUUCUGACUUUCCGCCUGCCCUACUGCGGGCCCAAUCAGGUAGAUUACUUCUUCUGUGAUAUCCCGGCGGUCUUGACGCUGGCCUGCACUGACACCACCGUCAACGAGCUGGUGACCUUUGUGGACAUCGGGGUGGUGGUUGCCAGCUGCUUCUCCCUGAUCCUCCUCUCCUAUGCUCACAUCCUCCAGGCAGUCCUGAGGAUCCGCACUGCUGCUGGAAGGCACCGGGCCUUCUCAACCUGUGGAGCCCACAUAACCGUGGUCACUGUGUACUAUGUGCCCUGUGCCUUCAUCUAUCUGAGCCCUGAAACCAGCAGCCCCCUGGAUGGGGCGGCUGCUCUGUUCCCCACAGCCAUUACUCCCUUCCUCAACCCCCUCAUCUACACGCUGAGGAACCAAGAAGUAAAGAUGGCGCUAAAGAGAAUGUUAAGAGGCCCGAGGCCUAAAAGGAAGAGUUGA